AUGUCUCGGUGUACGGCUGAAGGCACCGACCAUCAAAAGCCCAUCGACACGGCCAUAUUAUGGGGCAUGUUGUCUCUUGAUGGCCAGACGCCCAAUCUCUGGUGCAAGCAGCAGCUUGCCAAAAGUUCUAACUGCGUGUGCAGUCCAUGA